GAAAGAGUGGAUUAGUUUUUCCCCUGGAAAAUGCCUGAGAAUCUGGAAAUCCUGCCCUCAAUCAGUGAUUAUCUGGCUGGUGAGAACGAAUACUUGGCGCUCCUGACCAAACCGGAGGCGUGGAGCAAGAUUCCUCUGCUGAAUCAUGCCAAACUCCCGGAGAAUGGAAGCCUGGUGAGAUUCCGUGGGAUGAUCCAGGAUAUGCUGGACCCGGAAUUCUACCUAGAACGCUACAUCGUGAAAACCAGUGAAGGCGAGAGGAUUCAGGAUGGCAGAUUCAUCGAUUUCCUGCAAUUUGACGAGGUGUCAGAAGAGGUGGAUUUCUCUUCCUCCAGCAAUAAGCAUGGCGAGAGAAGAUGUCUAUUCCUGGUCACUAUUCCUGGGAUCAAUUCUUGGGCGGAUGAAGCGAGCUUUGAGGACGAAGAAGUGCCUGAGAAACGUCCGAAAGUCGAGACAGGAGGAUCUGCCCUGUCUCAUGAAUACCUCGUGAAUUCCCCGCUCCCUGACCGCCCAAGCAGAGCGUGCCUGACCAAAAUCUACAGCAAUUUUGACGCUUUCCGGCUCAACACUGUUGUUGAUGUGCUGGGAUUCCUCUCUGUGGAUCCCAGUCUGGACGGAAGCGAUGAAGAAGUGUCCAAUCCCGAAGAACACCUCGCCAGAAAUCCUCCACCACAUCUUAUCCCACGCCUGCAUGCAAUCUCCGUUCGGGAAGUGCUCCAGAUGAACCCUUUCCUCCAGCAAAUCCCUUCCGGAGAGAAUUUCCAGGACAUCUCACGCGAUGUCCUGAUGAUGCUGACGCAGUGUCUCUUCGGGGACGAAUUGGCGGCCAGAUAUCUCUUCGCACACCUGAUUUCCAGCAUCCAGAGCCGCGUGGGACUGGAGAUUCUGGGCAAAAUGUGUCUCAACAUCACGAAUGUGCCUAUGGAAUAUCCCAAAUCAUUGUACGGGGUCCUUGAGGCAAUCCUCCCGGCCAGUUAUCACCUCAAGAUGACUUUGGACAAUCUCAAUGGACAGCAGUUUGUGCCGAAGAAGGAUUACGCGACAGGGAAACUCACCUCAGGCGUACUCCAGCUCGCGCCGAAGACGCACUUGCUUCUGGACGAAACUCUUAUGGCGCCCGGACAGCUGGAAUCCGGCGGUAUUAAGGCUGUCCAUAGCCUGGGAAAUCUGAUAAGACAUCAAUCUAUCGAGGCAGACUUCCAGUACUACACUCUGGAUUACGAGUGCGAUGUGGCUGUUCUGAUCCUGAGCGAGGGCAAGAGUCUUCUGCCCAGCGACGUGAUGUUGCCUCUGAAGAUUGAUCCGGAGGCCUCGCAGCACAUCGAGGAGACCUUCAAGGCGGCCCAUCAGUUCAUCAGAACGAAGUCUAGGAGUAUCAGGGACUUCUUGGCCGGGCAGAAGAUCGCGCAGUUCGAUCUGGAUGAAAACAUCCAAGCCACUGUUCAGGAGGAUCUCGUGGCAGUGCGAAAAGCUCACAAUGCUACGCCUGAGGAGCUGCAUGGUCUCCUGACGCUUUCGCGUCUGGUAGGCAAAUCCCUGGGGAAGAGGAACCUCGACGCGGACACGUGGCAGCUGGUCAGGAAGAUGGACGAAGAACGGCGGCAGAGAAUCCGAAAGUGA